AUGCAUCCCGAUAGACCACUCCUUAUCAAGUCUACAACACCGUUCAUAUCGGCACUUAAACAUAUCGACCGUAGCCUCGAAAAACUCGAUCCUCUGCUUCGACGCAUCACAAACCCUGCCAGACCUUCCUACAAUGAAUUCAAAGACUACAAAUAUGUCCUGGUGAAGGGAAUGGGCAAGUGUAUCCCCAAGACCAUCUCCAUAGCGCUCUACUAUCGUACGAAAAGGGGAUACAGAGUGGAUAUCUCGACAGGCACAGAUCAAGUGCUAGACACUGUAGAAACAGGCGAAGUGAUUGAGACUAGAGAGGGUCCUGAGAAACAGAUGAAGCACCAGAAACGAGACGCAAGUUAUGUCGUGGCGAAAAUCUGGUUUAAAUAG